UUAGAUAUACAAGCCUAGUUAUCUAGGCACUACCUGAGUAUUAAUGUCCGACCAAAUCAAAAUGGACACGGGAGCUGCAGGCACAGCAACUCACCACAACCACAUCCUCGACUCCGAAGCCAUCAAACAUGCCGACCGCGCUGCCGCUCUCGCCAAUGGUGAACGUCCCGUGCUAACAGAAGAAGACUCUAAACGCAUUCGGCGCAAAACCGACAAACGGAUCCUCGUGGUGCUGAUGUGGGUAUAUUUUCUACAGAUUGUCGACAAGACCGUGCUCGGGUACGGUGCCACAUUCGGACUACGUGAAGAUACAGGUUUAACGGGUAGUCAAUACUCACUCGUUGGCUCAAUUGCCUCUAUUGCGCAGUUGGGUUGGCAGCCCGUAUCGUCGUAUCUGAUUGUGCGUGUGCCUCAUCGGAUUUUGAUGCCUACUCUUGUGCUUGGAUGGGGCAUUGCUGCUGCGACGAUGUCUGCAUGCCACAACUAUAGUGGAUUGUUGGCGACGAGGUUCUUUCUGGGUUUGUUUGAGGCUGGUUGUUUGCCACUGUUUAGUGUGAUUACUGCUCAAUGGUAUCGACGGGCUGAGCAGCCUCUCCGAGUGGCUCUGUGGUACGGAACGAACGGUAUUGGGAAUAUUUUCUCGGCUGCGAUCAGUGUUGGUCUGGCGCAUAUUCAUUCGGAUGUGUUGAGAUCAUGGCAAAUUAUCUUCCUGUUUGUUGGAUUACUCACUAUCGUGACUGUCCCCUUCAUCUACCUCUUACUCGACAACGACAUCCCCUCCGCCCGCUUCCUCACAGAAGAAGAAAAACGCAUGGCUGUCGAACGUCUCCGAGCCAAUCAAACCGGUACUGGAUCCCGCGAAUACAAAUGGAAUCACGUCUGGGAAGCGCUCAUCGAGCCCAAAACAUGGCUCUUCUUCUCUAUGAGCUUUCUGCUCAACGUCGGCGCCAGCGUUACCAAUAUCUUUGGUCCUCUGAUCUUGAAAGGUUUCGGUUUCGACUCCUACAAGACUAGUCUAUUGAACAUGCCGUUUGGCGUCAUGCAAACCUCUGUUAUCUUACUUGGUUGCUACUGCGCACAAAAGACCAGUAUCAAAGCCGCUAUUCUUUUGUCGCUCGUCGCCCCUGUUGUCGCCGGUCUAGCAAUUUUGUACGCCGUGCCCCACGCCGGCCACACUGCACCUUUGCUAGCUGGAUACUACCUCCUCGCAUUCCUCUUCGGCGGUAACCCACUCAUCGUCUCCUGGAUCGUCGGAAAUACCGGCGGAGCCACAAAACGAUCAUUCGUGGCAAGUGUCUACAACGCCGCCAGUAGCGCCGGUAACAUCGUCGGUCCGUUACUCUUCAAUUCAAAGGAUGCGCCUACCUACCACCCCGGUUUACGAGCCUGUCUCGCAAUCUUUAUCGCUCUCGUUGUCGUGAUUGCGAUCCAAUGGAUAAAUCUCAUCUGGCUAAACAAACGACAAGAAAAGAAGCGCGUUCGAAACGGUAAACCUGCCAAGAUGGUCGAUCAUUCCAUGCAGAAGCAUUACCAUGAUUUUGCGGAGGAUAAUAAGGCCACUAAAGUUGCGCAGGUUGAGAGGGUUGAGAGUCAGGUUAAUGUUGAGGGAGGUCAAGAGGAGAUUGGUGAGAAUGCGUUUUUGGAUCUGACGGAUCGUCAGAAUGAUGAGUUUGUGUAUAUUUAUUAGUCUAUCCGGUGGUUAUCAAUGUUCAUGUCUUGUUCAUU